UACUUGAGUAUCUGACAUCGUGUGACAUUCCAGUAGACGUGGUGUGGUGGUUUGAGUGAGAUUAGUCUACUGUGCUUGUUUCAUCUCUCUUUCCGUCGUCCACCAUUCUCAGGUCAAGUUCUACAGUGGCAACUAGCUCAGUGAGACAUGUCAGGUAGAAAAGAAACGGUUCUGGACUUGGCAAAGUUUGUUGACAAAGGGGUUCAAGUUAAGCUCACAGGUGGCAGACAAGGAACUCUGAAAGGAUAUGACCAGUUACUUAAUCUUGUCCUGGAUGAAGCUGUUGAAUUUCUAAGAGAUCCUGAUGAUCCUUUAAAAACUACUGAUCAGAACAGAAGUCUUGGCUUAAUUGUUUUUAGGGGAACUGCUGUCAUGCUUGUGUCCCCAACUGAUGGAACCGAUGAAAUUGCAAACCCCUUUAUUCAGCCUGAUGGCGCCUAGGUGUUACAUGUUUAUAUAUAACACGUAAAUUUUAUAGGUAUGCUAAUCAAGCUUCUCUUUAUUUGCCAAUCAUCAUUGUUGUCAGUUUAAUAUUACUGUCCUAGGUGUCAUCGGACUUUUUUAGUGCACUUAAUGGAUAGAUUUUAACAUGUUUUCAGUGUUUGAUAAAAACACGUUGCAUUUUGUUUUACUGAUUAAAUUGAACUUCCUGUUAUGAGUUUUCA